CUGAGAAUUAUUUUUCUGUGGUCGGUAAAAAUAUAAAAUAUAUACGAUCAUUGAGGUUUUUUAUCUCGUUAUAAUGUCUGAGUCAGUGGUAGUGGCUGUGUAGCGAGCGAACUGUGGCGCUCUCGACAUCGGUGAAAUUUGUCUUUUAACCAUGCUGAAGCUGGGUCGUUGGAAGACCCCCGUGGGGUUUUUCCGUCGGUAUCAUGAGCACCGAGUAACUGAUAAUAUCCAGUUCAUCACCAUACACAAUGACAAGAUAACUGUGGAUCCGAAGACAUUGCAUAUCCGCCGCCGCAUACACAAGCCGAUCUGUGUGCAGCUGAACUGGAUGUCGGCGUCGGCGGCGGUGUCGCGGCGGUACUCGCGGCUGCUGCUGGACGACCUGGACGUGGUGGUGGUGCGGUGCGACGUGCGGCACGUGCUGCAGCGGGAGAGCGGGGUGCAGAAGAUUGCUCUGGAUCUGCUGAGGUUGAUGUCUGUCAACGACGCUACCUAUGUGGUGUUCGGGCUUUCCAUCGGCUCCUACCUGUGGUCAGAGGCGUUAGUGCACGCUGCGAGGGAUCCUCAAUACCAACCAGUAUUAGACCGCGUAUCGGCGCAGAUCUGGGACUCGAUAGCGGACCUCAAACACACUCCCACUGGCAUACCGCUCGCAGUCUUUCCGAACCUCGUCAACAACAAGCGGGCAUUUCAAUGGGUGACCUAUGUUUUCGAUUCGUGGUACAAAUUCUACAUAAAGUCCUGCUACACGUCAGUGACCGCUCACUACGAGCGUGCCGCACACACGUUCCUGCACACCGCGUGCCGCGCGCCCGCGCUCGUACUGCACGCUGACAACGAUAUUAUAUCGCCAUGGCAGUACGCGCGGAAAAUACACGAUGUCUGGACGGAGAGUGGGAUAAAGACAACAUGGAAAUGCUGGGAGAAAUCAAACCACGUCUCGAGCUACAUGUAUCACCCGCAAGAGUACAAGACGCUCGUUUGGACACACAUACAGCAGAACGUACCCGGUCUGACGAUAUCUGGGCUUGUACCAUGA